AUGAUACACGCUCACGGUAUACCUGAUGAGAAUAUCAUUGUAUUUCAUUACGAUGACCUGGCUGACAAUCCUAAUAACCCAUACCCUGGUACCAUAAUUAAUCUACCUGGUGGACCCGAUGUUUAUAAGGGUGUUCCCAAAACUUAUACUAAAGCUGAUGUGACUCCCGAGAAUUUUUUGGCUGCCCUUAGAGGCGAUGAGAAACUGGAAAAGUCUGGCAAAAAAGUUGUCAAGAGUGGACCCAACGAUCGCAUAUUUGUUUUUCUACAGGACCACGGUGGUGAACAGACUGUAAUGUUUCCAAACGGUGUACUACACGCCCAGGACUUGAACAAAGUGUUGAUUGAUAUGCAUAAGCAAAAUAGGUUCAAGGAAAUGACCUUUUACCUCGAAUCAUGCUAUUCAGGCUCUAUGUUUGACAAACUACUACCUAAUAAUAUUAAUAUAUACGCGGUAACCACCUCUCGACCUGAUCAGCCAGCUUAUUUCUGUUGCUACGACUCUGAAUGGGGAACUGAGCUAGCCACUGAUUUUGCUAAGGCAUGGCUUAAUGAUAGCGACCACAGCGAUUUCAGCAAGGAACUUUUAUCGGAACAAUUUGAAUUCAUUUACAAGUACCAGGGUAAUGAGGAGGCUAUGCAAUAUGGCGACCUGUCUAUUGUAAAGGAAACUGUUGGCACUUAUAUGGAAUUAGAGGGUUUGUUAAGCCGUCGGAAACUAAUGGAUAAACAGAUCGAGGAAUACGUGAAUGAAUUGCCGGCAAUUGACGCCAAUAUCGCAUUGAAUGGCAAACUAGAGCUCAAUCACAGAGACUGUUAUAAACAAUUGGUUAACACUUUCUAUCAUAAGUGUUAUAAUUUAGCAGAGAAUACAUACGGAAUCCAAAAACUGCAAACAUUUGCGAAUAUUUGCGAACAAAUGCGUGACUCGAGUGAUGCGGACAUUGCUGUCAACCGAUUGAUACAACACUGCGAUAGAAAU